AUACGUUAAUUUACUGAAAUUGAUCAUUGUUUCUUCUUCCUCGUCGCUAGCCUAGCGAGCUCAGCUGUGGCUAACUUGUCUUUAUUUUCGCAAUAAUAUAUUACCAGAAAAAUAACGCAUCGGUCCGCCUGUGAGACACAUGCAAAUCAAAGUCUUCUUUAUCUUUGUUUGCAUUAUGUGAAUUUUUUUCUCACUGUCUAUUUUCACAGCCAUUUCAAAAUGACAGCCGCUCAUCCCCGCCCACCCGGCCUUGGUAUUUCUAUUGGCUGUCCGUUUUCUUCCUGAGCCGAAGCUGUGUGUUCCGCUCCUUAAAAAUUUCUAAAUGCAGCAGGCAAGAGUGUGUGUCAGCGUGUCCCUUCAUCGCUCAUCAUAAAUCAAAGUCGAGAGAAAGCGAAAGGAACUUCACUGCUCCUCGGAUGGUCGUGUGUGUGUGUGUGUGUGUGUGUGUCCCGUGCGCUCGCGGUGGCGGGGGGGCGGGGCGGCGGGGCGUUGCUUCAGGCUCCAGCAAAAUUAGUGCAUUCCGGUGACGUCACCGCCUGUCAGACACACACACACACACGAUAUUAUCAGCAGUUAUCGUGGGGGGACCUUAAGGCUUACGGCUUGAAUGAAUACUGGAGGAGCACCUCCCCUUCCCUCCUUUUCACACCUGCACUAUAAAUAAAUAAAUAUGAAUGAAAAAUAAUAAGCAGCGAGAUUGGCAGUUUCAGUGUCAUUAUUUCCCCCACAUGGAUGUACGGGUGAAUGGAGUCCACGUGCUGUGGUGGAUGAUGAUGAACUUGGACUGUUUUGACAGAAUGGCAUUUCUCGAAUGGAAUGGCCGCGUUGGCAUGAUUUUUCUGGAAUUUGAACGCCGUUGAGUUGCGCAUUUGCUGCUGAAAAGGGAUGGAGACCCUCAUUCCCGUCAUCAACAGACUCCAGGAGGUAUUUGUCACUGUGGGUGCAGAGAUUGUCCAGCUGCCUCAAAUUGUGGUGGUCGGCUCACAGAGCAGUGGCAAGAGCUCUGUGUUGGAGAGCUUGGUGGGAUGUGACUUCCUGCCGCGGGGCUCGGGCAUCGUGACACGGAGACCCCUCGUGCUGCAGCUGGUCAACGUGCCCCCGCUCGAGGAAAGGAAACACACAGAGGGUGGGAACGUCACAAAACCAAAUUCCCAAAACAGCUAUCCAGGAGUCAAGGCUGAAGAAUGGGGCACAUUCCUUCACUGUAAAAAUCAGAUUUUCACAGAUUUCGGGGAGAUUCGCAGGGAGAUUGAGGAGGAGACAGAGCGUGGCUCAGGGGACAAUAAGGGGAUCAGUUCUGAGCCCAUACAUUUGAAAAUUUUCUCUCCUCAUGUCCUCAAUCUCACACUGGUUGACCUGCCAGGGAUCACUAAGGUCCCCGUGGGAGAUCAGCCAGAAGACAUUGAGACUCAGGUGCAAGAGAUGAUCCUGUCUUUCAUCUCGAACCCAAACUCCCUCAUCCUCGCAGUGUCACCUGCCAACUCAGACCUGGCCACCUCUGAUGCCCUCAAACUUGCCCGGGAGGUUGACCCAGAUGGACGCAGGACCCUGCUUGUAAUUAGCAAACUGGAUCUCAUGGACGCCGGUACCGACGCCUUGGAGGUUCUGCUGGGCCGCGUUAUUCCCGUCCGCCUGGGAAUCAUCGGCGUGGUCAACAGGAGCCAGCAUGACAUAAACACCCAGAAGAGCUUGACUGACGCCGCCCGGGACGAGCAAGCUUUCCUGCAGCGACACUACCCGUCUCUGGCCUCCCGCUGCGGCUCACGAUACCUGGCCCGUACCCUGAGCCGUCUGCUCAUGCACCACAUCCGCGACACUCUGCCUGAGCUGAAAACCCGCGUGACCGUGCUGAGUGCCCAGUACCAGGCUCGCCUCAACAGCUACGGGCAGCCGGUGGAGGACCACAGCGCCACCCUGCUGCAGAUUGUCACCAAGUUCGCCAGUGACUACUGUAACACCAUUGAGGGCACAGCCCGGCACAUCCAGACCUCGGAGCUUUGUGGUGGGGCUCGAAUUUGCUACAUCUUUCACGAGACGUUCGGUCGCACCCUGCAGUCCAUCGACCCCUUGGGAGGCUUAACCGAGUUGGACAUCCUCACCGCCAUCCGCAAUGCCACGGGUCCGCGGCCGGCACUCUUUGUGCCCGAGGUCUCCUUCGAACUGCUGGUGAAGAAGCAGAUCAAGCGGCUGGAGGAGCCAAGCUUGCGCUGCGUGGAGCUGGUACACGAGGAGAUGCAGAGGAUCAUCCAGCACUGCAGCAACUUCAGCACGCAGGAGCUGCUGCGUUUCCCCAAGCUGCACGACUCCAUCGUGGAGGUGGUGACCAGCCUGCUGAGGAAGCGCCUGCCCGUCACCAACCAAAUGGUCCAAAACUUGGUAGCGAUUGAGCUGGCUUAUAUCAAUACCAAACACCCCGACUUCACGGACGCAGGCCAGGUCUCGGCAUCCGUCAACAGUCAGCAGUUGUGUUGCCUCCACCAGGCUGAGGCGCUGCAGGAUGGGGGGAAGCGCUGGAAGAAUGACAAACUAACUGAGGAGAAGGAGGCAGGAGACAAGAGCAAGGGCCCCUUGUCAACCUUCAGCAGCCCCGCCAAGGGCCACGCUAUCAACCUCCUGGACACAGCGGUGCCGGUGUCCCGCAAGCUGAGCUCUCGGGAGCAGCGGGACUGCGAGGUCAUCCAACGCCUCAUCAAGUGCUACUUCCUGAUCGUCCGGAAGAACAUCCAGGACAGCGUACCCAAGGCUGUGAUGCACUUCCUGGUGAACUUUGUGAAAGAGCGGCUGCAGAGCGAGCUGGUCGGACAGCUCUACAAACAGCCUCUGCUGCAGGAGCUGCUCAUUGAGUCCCAGGACAUGGCACAGCAGAGGGCCGAAGUUGCACAGAUGCUGGAGGCCCUACAGAAAGCCAACCAAAUCAUCUCUGAGAUCAGAGAAACACACCUGUGGUAACCUUAGGCCUGCUCCACUGGACGGCACACUUCCCGCAGCGCCAUGCUGCAGGCCAGGAUGGUGGAUGGUGUGUGACUGUGUGUGUCUAUCCAUGUGUUCGUAUGGAGCGGUCAACCUCUCGCUGACUGCACUGACCCUCGUACUAGUCUCCCAAUGCGUCCAUUGUCCUUCUAGGAAGAAGCUUUGGGACUGUUUGUUCUUUUCAUUGUAUGGAAUGAUCCGGAUGGCCUUGUGCUUUAUUGUGUGAUAAUGUACUGGGCAUUUGAUACCAUGGUAAUAAUAAUUAUACUUUAGGGCGUGACAGAAUGAUGACAGAAAGCGAAGACAUACAUCAACAAAGGUUUUACAUUUUUCAAUACAAAUUUUACCAUUGUAUUUUGACUAAAUUUAACUUGAACUUUUUGCCUCUGUUUAGAUAGGGAGGAAUAAUUAAAGCAUAAUAGCCACUCGAAGGGGAAAUAUUCUACAGAAUGCCGGACUACUGGCAUGAAUAGCAUUUUUCACCGUUACAUUGUAUAUAACAUCUAGAUACCAACCUUUUGAUUUUUCAGUGAAGUUCUAGAAAAUGCAUUAAUUUGAACAUUACUGAUAGUCAACAAAAAAUACAGUUCAGAAUCUUUUUAGGUAUUGAUUGAAAUGCAAAACCACCAGCACAUAUGCCUUAGCACCUAUAUGUGGUUUAAAUGAAUGGCUCUCAAGCCUGGUCUUGGGACCUGUGCUGUAGACUGGUUUGUGCUCCAGCUGAGCUCCUCUCCUAAUCAAACUGUCAGUUUCAAUGAUGCAAUGGUAAAUUAAUGCAGAACAUAUGCAUGCUUUAUAUGCACAGCGAUCGGAAAGGUUUUCAGCCUUACUCUUGUUCAAGAGUUGGUGAAGUGGCCUGGACAUAGUUCCACUGCACUGUACGCUUGUUGUUGAUUUUGGGUAAAGUUCUUUUACAAGGAGAAAUUGCAUAUUUACACGUAACAUUUCAUAGGCUAUCUUAAUGUUCGAAUGCAGAAUUUAUAGUGAUGAGGCCUGUGGAACAAAGAGUCUAUUUAUAAGUGUACUGUAAAUAUAUGUAGAGAGGUGAUAAUGGUUUGCACUUAGGGGUUUAUUAAAAUGUUUUUAUUCCCCUAAUAUCAAAGUUAGAAAACUGAAAGUGUUUAGAUUUGAGUCGGUAGUUGUGUAAAAUGGUCUUUGGAAGUUAGCCUUUAGAACUCGAUGCUGGUCUCUCAGGGAUUGAUGGGAAGCCUGACUGGUUAAGGUCACCUUCCACCUUGGACUUGGAACCUUUGUUCUGCUGUUCUGCUAGACUGAAGAUGGGAGAGUCCAUUAGCUUAAUGUGUCAGACUCCACCUGCAUUCAUCAGCAUCCUAUAUAUUAGUGUUGAUCUUUGGAAGUGUUCGUUUUGUCUGAACAUUACACCUUCAUUGGGUUAGUGGAUCUGUGACUGUUGUAACUGCACUGUAAAUUUAAUAAGGAGCUGUGAAAUUGGUGGGUAUUGGAUGCAUUAACACUUGAGUCCACCACUCUUCCUCCGGUACAUUUCCAUGUUCCACCUUUGUUAAAUCUAAUUUCUGCAAUUCUUCUUGAAGCCAAAAGUCAUGAAGAAGGUUAAUUUGUGUGCGGAUUAUGUUAUAGAAAGGGAUUGCUUAGAAUAGGAGCUACACUUCAGUUCUCAAGCAAAUGCCACCAUGCACUGAAGGUUCAGCUUUCAGAAUUGCUCAGAAAGGCCUUUGUUAGAGCAAGAAUGGAUGGGACACAGCCUGCCUUUGUGCACGCGCGCGCGCGUGUUUGUGUGUGUGUGUGAGUGUGUGUGUCUGAGCGUGCAUGUAUAUUUUGUAUGUCAUUUUAGGAUGUAAAUUAUUAUACUGCCUGAAAGUACUUACCUGCCAGUCUUGUGUUACACUACUUGGUGUAAUGAUGUCCAUUCCAUUGUGUUGAUGAAUGAGGAGUGAGUUAUUAAAGGCUUUU